AAUUCCUCAUUGUGACAUUAUACUGCAACCAAACCGGUAUCUGUACUGACCUCCCUCUUAUGGUCCCGAGGUUAAUGUCAUGUUUUAAUGUUCCUACAAUGUUCCCAGAACAUCAGUGGGAUAACAUCUCGCUGAAACCCUUAAAGCGGCAUUUCCCAAAAUUGGACCCAAGGGGUGCACGUUUUGGUUUUUGCCCUAGCACUACACAGCUGAUUCAAAUAAUUAACUAAUCAUCAAGCUUUGAUUAUUUUAAUCAGCUAUCUAGUACUAGGAGAAAAAAGUUUAUGUGCACCCCUGGGGUCACCAGGACCGAGUUUGGGAAACACUACCUUAAAGGGACCUAAUGGGAACGUCGCCAAAUGUCCUUAGGACGUUCCCUGUUUGCUGGGUUAAUUUUUUAUUUAAUUUAUUUAACCUUUAUUUAACUAGGCAAGUCAGUUAAUAAGAACAAAUUCUUAUUUACAAUGACAGCCUGGCCAAACCAGGACAAUGCUGGGCCAAUUGUGCUCCGCCCUAUGGGACUCCCAAUCACGGCCAGAUGUGAUACAGCCUGGAAACAAACCAGGGACUGUAGUGACACCUCUUGCACUAAGAUACAGUGCCUUAGACCGCUGUGCCACUCAGGAGCCCGAGAGUAAAUAGAAUCUAAUGAGUUGCUUGUCAUAAACUCAAUAUAGAUCCAUCUCUAUGGAGUGGUUACAUGUUGACACAGAAACUACAAUCCCAUGUGAUCAUACACUAUGAUAUAUUUAGAGGCUACCAGGACAAGUUAUUGAAGCAGUAUCCCUCUCUCAAGCAAGAAGACAUUUCAUGGACACAACUUUCUUUAUUUCUUUCACACCUCAGAAGUCUGAUAAUGUACAGAUAUUAUCGGGGUCUUUAUUUUUAUUUUCAAGAAUAAGAUUUGAGGGAGGAUGUGAAUUAGAUUAGUCCAAGCCUACACAGAAUCAUAUGAUUCACACUUGAAUUCAUUCACAUCCAUACACACUCAAGCCAUUUAAGGACUAAGAAUUGCUCCAUUGACCAGAGAAAGAAAAUUAACAAAAUCUAUGGAGAACUCAACCCAAGUCAAGUUCUUUUAUCUCUUUGGCUUACAAGAGACAUUUAUCAACAAAUCGGUCUAUUUUACCUUGUCUCUUAUCACAUACCUUCUCAUCAUCACUGUGAAUUUGACUCUGAUCAUAACAAUCAUUCAGGAGAAAGGUCUCCAUGAGCCCAUGUAUAUCUUUCUGUGUAGUCUGUGUGUCAAUGGAUUGUAUCGAACUGCUGGUUUCUACCCCAAGUUCUUACUGGACCUUCAGUCAGAUGUUCAGGUGAUAUCUUAUGGUGGAUGUUUGAUUCAAGCCUGUGUAAUAUACACAUCUAUCACGUGUGAAAUGUCUACUCUAACAGUGAUGUCUUACGACAGGUAUGUGGCAAUAUGCAGACCACUACUAUAUCAUACCAUUGUGACAUCUUUAACUGUUAGAAAGUUACUCUUAUUGUCUUGGUGUUAUCCUUUAUUUAUAUCACUAAUAGCACUUAGUUUAACAGUCAGACUUCCGUUGUGUGGAUCUCGCAUUGAUAAGAUCUUCUGUGACAAUCCGUCUAUACUGAAACAUGCAUGUUUACCCAUAACCAUCAAUCAGAUUUGGAGCCGAUGUUUAGUAGUGGUUCAUGUUUUACAGUUACUUUUCAUUGUAUUUUCUUACUGUCAGAUUGUAAGGACUUGUGUAAAGUCAGCUAAGGGAAGGAUUAAGUUCACACAGACAUGUGUGCCACAUUUAUUAACAAUUGUUAUUUUCAUCAUAGUGACCCUGUUUGACAAUUUGCAAGGGUGGAAUAAUGUAAAUAGUACACUAAAUAUGCGUAAUGCAAUGGCUGUACAAUUCCUUGUUAUACCACCUGUCUUAAACCCUGUCAUAUAUGGACUUAACCUCCAGCAGAUUCGAAGGGCAGUUUUAAGAAAGUGUAAUACACAUAAAAUCUUUGUUAUGAGACGUUAGUUACAUCUUAAACAACAGGGAGACUUACUGAUAUCAGAAGUCAACAAAAUGAAGGUAAAAUCUUCCAAAACUGCUGCAAGGUUAAAUGGCCCCUAAUUUGUUGAUGUCUAUCGCCCUCUUCUGGGAAAGUGAUUUACAAAUAUUCCAAGAAUUGGGUAAUUGUAGUACACCUCCUGAGCAUGAAAAUGCUUGUCUGCGUCCCAAAUGGCACCCUAUUCCCUUUAUGGUGCACUGCUUUUGACCAGAACCAAAGUAGUGCACUAUUUAGGAAAUGGGGUCCAAUGGAUAGCACAAAUAUGUGACUCCUUAUACAGUUAAGAACUUUUUAAAGAAGAACAGCAAUAUGCAAAGCUACUCCUUCGAUCUAUAGUUUCCCCACUGGGUGCUUUAUUCAUAAUACUGUUAACAAAAAUAAAUGAUGUCAUUAAUGGUUGUGGUUACAACACAGUAAAUAUAUAGCUUUUUUUAGGUUCUUGAGUUGUGAUAAUGUAUAUAUGUGCUUAUAAACAGGCGUCCACAGUGUAUCUCUCAAAAUAAAUGUGUUCACAACCACUUUGGAAGGCAAUUCAUUGUUUAAUUGGUGCAAUAACACAAAUAUGCAUGAAACUAGAAAGUAAGGUUGAAUGUAGGCUACACAUUUGGAGUGAUUAUAAAUGGCAUUAACAAGAUACAAUAAAUAGUGAACAGAAAUAUCACAUUCUGAAUUCCCAUUGAAUUGAUUUACUAGACGUAGAUUGUUCU